UCCCCGAUAAAUACCGCACCAUUUUAACCCUUACCCCAAAUUUUCCUAUCAAAUUACCAAGUCUUUAAAUUCUCGACCAAUCUACGAUCAAUAUCCAAAGAUGUCAGGAAGAGGAAAGGGAGGUAAGGGACUGGGCAAGGGAGGAGCAAAGCGCCACCGUAAGGUCCUCCGUGAUAACAUCCAGGGAAUAACAAAGCCGGCAAUUCGGCGGUUGGCUCGUAGAGGAGGAGUCAAGCGAAUCAGCGGUUUAAUCUAUGAGGAAACCCGUGGAGUUCUGAAGAUAUUCUUGGAGAACGUGAUUCGUGAUGCCGUGACCUACACAGAACAUGCGAGGAGGAAGACUGUGACUGCUAUGGAUGUGGUUUAUGCACUGAAGAGGCAGGGUAGGACUUUGUAUGGAUUUGGUGGUUAGAUGAUUUAGGGUUUAUGUUUGAAGGAAAAAGGCGGGUGGGUAGGAGAUUUGAAGUCUUGCUGUCAAGAAUGUUUGAGCUUUAGAAUUAGGGCUACGGCUUGUAAUUAGGUUGGGCUUUUAGGACUAUUAGAAAUCAUAAGUUGGGUCAUGUUGUUUGCUUUUGCGAUUUGUAGUUCGUGCUUUGAAUUGCAGAUUUUAAUGAAACUUCAAGUUCAUUUUGUUAA